AUGCUGCCUGCUCCAAGUGGCCGACAGCUGUUGACGUAUGCCGACAUGGAGAGGGCCCUGACGCUCCUGGACGCCGAGAUUGCCAAGAGUGAGCUGCUCAUGAGCGUUGCGCCUCUCCGGCUUAUCACGGUGGGCGGCUCCCUGGCGGUUCGGGUGUGCUUCAACCGCGAUGCUUCGUACGAUAUCGACUGUCUGCUUGACCCCAACGUAGCCGCCGCCGCGGAUUACUCCGAGGAAUUCAGCGCCGCCAUCUCGACGGUUGCCGACAAUGGCGGCUACGCCUUGGACUGGCUCAACCAACAGGUGGAAUUGUUCGUCGCGCGAGAGCGGCGCUUCGGCCUAUUCCUCGAGUCUGUGCAACAAGGCGUCAUCGUGUACAAGGGAGCCCAGCUCGUCAUCUACGCCGGCCGCCUCGACUGGGCGCUGGAGCGAAAGAUUCGGCGUGUCGCGCAUGCCCGCUCCCGCCGAGGGGUCAAGGACGUCGACGUUCCCGACGCUGCUGCACUGGUCCGGAUGAUGCGAACCCCCGGAGGACCCCCCCUCAGCUUCCAGUAUGUCCGGGAGCUCAAUCUCAACGGGUUUGACGCACCGCCUACCGAUGCGGCCAUUGUGGAGGUUGCUGAGUAUUAUGCACGAGCGUACGGAGAAGUGGGCAUUGCCGACAUGGUUCGGGAUGCAGAGACUGGCCGAUGGAAGUAUCAAGGAUUCGACAAAAAAUGGGUUUGGUGUUGA